AUGCAUGAGCGCCACAGCCAAAUUAGCAAAAGCGUACCGGCAAUCGAGCCGAUAACAAUUCCAGCAAUGGCCCCGCCGGAGAGAGAGCCAGAACAGUUGCAGCUUGUGUCAGAGUUCGAUUGGCGCGGAGAGAGAUGGUGUGAAGUGGAUGAGGAUGAGGAUGAGGCGACGAGAGAGGAGAUAAGCGAGGGGAGCGAGACUGGAUGCGGAAGGGGAAUUGGGGCCUGGAUGUUCUCAUUUAUUGAAGGGUAUGGGUACUAG